UCACGUGACCCGAUUAACCGCCGACUGAGGACGCAAACCGGUCCCGAUAAAGCGCCUAGCGAAUAAGUUGUCAGCCGUUUAGCGGUGAGGUUAUCCUGAAGCGGGGCACUUUUGUGUUCAGUAAUCUUUAUAGAAACAGAUCGCGAAGCCCUUCAGGUGAAUAGCCGCCUGCCAUGGCCGCAGUAGACAGCUUCCAGCUGCUGUACAGGGAAAUCGCGCGCUCCUGUCACUGCUAUGUGGAGACUCUGGCCCUGGUGGGCGCCGUGUACACGGCCAGCAGGGCGGCGCUCUUCGCCAGGGACUGUUACAGCCUCAUCAGACUGCACUUCAUCCCCAGGCUGAUGCACAGGGGAGACCUGCUGCAGCGCUUCGGCACAUGGGCUGUCGUUGUGGGUGCUCCUGAAGCGUUGGCGAGCGCUUAUGCAGAGGAGCUGGCGAGGCAGGGGGUGUCCAUCAUCCUGGUUGGCCGCCGGGGUCGCGAGGCGGAGGAUGCCGCCAAGGCUGUCGCCGAGGCCCACGGGGUCGAGACCCUGCUGGUCGAGGCAGACUUCCACCUGGGUCCCGUCACCUGCCGACGUAUCCGAGACGCGCUGAAGGACAAAGAUAUAGGCUUCCUGAUAAACAGCGUUGAUGCGUCCUUGGGCUCCCCUCGGGGCUUCGCCAGCCUGUCCGAAGACCGGCUCUGGGACGCGUUGAACAGAAAUAUCUCGGCUGCCACGCUGAUGACCCGCCUUGUUCUGCCAAGCAUGGUGGAGAAAGGCAGGGGGGCCGUGGUCAACAUCUCCUCCGGGCUGUGCUGUAAGCCCACGCCAAACAAGGCCGUCUUCACAGCCGCCACGGCCUACCUUGACCAUUUCAGCCGCGCGCUGCACUAUGAGUACAACCACAGAGGGAUUUUUGUCCAGAGCCUGGUCCCCUUCAGAGUGGGUUCUGCAGAGUGGGGUGACGCCAGCGGAGAUCAGGGUGCUGGCGGGUGGCUUGUACCCCAGGCCCGGGUUUAUGCCCGUCACGCCAUAUCCACUCUAGGAAUCUCUCACAGGACCACGGGCUACUGGCCCCACUCGCUGCAGCUGUGGCUUGUGCAGUACAUGCCCGAGUGGAUGUGGGUUUGGGGAACGUACAUGUUCUCAGGCACAAGGUAGAAGACACGUCUGCCCCCAGCAUUCCAGUCCAGCGGCAAGAGACCAGGCGCAUGGCUCGAUCAAUCUAACGAUUUAGAGCCUGGAUCGAUGACUAAGUAAAAGGAGUAAAAACAACACGCAAUCACUCUGUUCCAGACAGCUGUAUACAUGCUGUGUGAGAAUUUUAUUUUGUGUCAAGAUGCAUUAGAAUUAAUGGACGUUGCAUUUUGAAACA